UUUUAAUGGAAAUAACAUUUUUCUCAACAGAGAGUACUUUUUUCCCCCAAGGUUGUCUCUCUCUCUCGCCUCUGAAGUUGGCCCAAGUUCGAUCGUGCGUGUGUGCUUCGCAUAAUACUUUCGUCUCUCCUGCCUCAGAGUAUAUCGCAAUUAUACUCUGAGACAAAUAAUGGAAAAUUCACAACAUCCAGACCAAGUUUCUGGUUUGGCUGUUCAAGAUACACCCGUUAAGCCUAAACCGCCACUGAGAUUCUAUGUUCGACGAAAGUUUACUAAGCGGCUCAAUAAGUUACAAAACGUCGAUGACUCUACUACAACUUCUCCACAGAUGAUUGAGAUUUCUGAAUUGGCGAGUUCAGAUUUCAACAUAGACAAUACACCUAAAGUGGAGUCUGUGAAAAAGAGUGAAGAACCAGAAAAUGUCAAAGUCGAUCUACAAAGUCUCCAUAGCACACAAGGGAAGAAAAACUCAAAAGAAGAGAAAAAUGCUAAGUCAGCAAUUCUUCAAGAUGAUUCACAAUAUGCUAAUGGAGAAGGAAAGGAGAACAAUUCUGAAAAGAUACGCAAGAAACAGAGAUACCAUAGGCCGAGGAUUUUGGAAGAUGGAAAAAAAACAAGGGAUCCUACCAAUCUUCGAAUGAGAACUACAUCUAAUAAAAGGAGUAAGAAAGAGAAAGAAGAUGAAGUUGUAUUUGAGGUUCGGACUCCAGAAAAGCAGAGUUUUCCAAAGAGAAGAAAAAACAAAGCAAACAAGAAUGUAGCUCGAUCUUUGGCAUUGGAUGAAGAGAUAAGUUCUACUUGUCUUGCUCUUGAACUUAGUAGAAGUUCCAUUCCCAACUUUCCAAAGGGCAAAAGGAGGAUGACUCCACUUCGUAGAACUGAUUUUCAUGUGCUGAUAUCGCCCUCGUUUCCUAUGCCCAUUUGGAAAAAACAUUCGAAAAGGUCUACUCGUAAAAAGAAUAUGGUUAGAUGGACUAGAAUUGCUUUGUCUUUUGAAUGUGUAGAAGAAACUUUGUUACUGGUAGAAAUUCAUCCGAGCGAGAAAGAUAAAGAAAAGAUAGCACCAAAGCUGAAAUUGAUGCAUUCUAACCAGAAGAUAACAGUUGGCUCGAAGGAACACUUGAAAAAAGCUAAGAAAGUUAGCAAACUUGUAACCAAAGAAAAAAACCGUGAGAAAGAUAAUGGACAUGAAGAUGUUGCAGUUCAAACCAAAGAUAUAUUCACAGCAUCGUCAAGUUGUGUUGCACCAAACUCACGCACUAAAGAAAUGAAAGAUAUUGUGGAGAAUUUAGUUUUUCAAUUAAAUUAUCAAAAAGAUCACAAUCUUUCAUCUCUAGCCGAUGUUCCUUUACACAUAGAAGAUACACUUAUGAAAUCGGCUAGUUACAUAACGCCUGAAGAGUCUACGAAAAAAACUAAAGGUGUUGCCAAGUUAAUCAAAGAGAUGGACAAACUAAAUAUCAAUCGAAGAGGAACAACUUUGGGCAAAGCAAAGAAAAAACUGGUUAAUGCGAAAGUGAAUCUUGAUCCUGAAACCAUUAAAGAGUGGGAGUUGUUAAUGGAGAACGAUCUUCCAGAUAUGUCACAUAUGAACGAGGAAGAGACUGAGCGCAAAUGGAAAGAAGAACGAACAAUCUUCCAAAGCCGGAUAGAACUUUUCAUUAACCGGAUGCAUUUUCUGCAAGGCAAUAGAAAAUUUAAACAGUGGAAAGGCUCGGUUGUUGAUUCAGUGGUUGGAGUUUUCUUGACACAGAAUGUUUCUGACUACCUUUCAAGCAAUGCUUUCAUGAGUGUUGCUGCAAAAUUUCCAGUGGAUGUAAAAGAAAGUUUGGAAAACUUAGCAUAUUUCAUUGAUGAACCUCAAGAGGUUGAUAACUUAGUUGGUGGUGGUCAAAUACCAACUCAGGAUGCUAAAAUUUCACUUGGAUCUGUCUCCUUACGAGAAAACUUGGAGCAACAUGAAAAAGAUGCAAAAAGGAAAAACAAAAAAACAGGUAUCAUGGAAGAUGAGAAUGUUGAUUGGGAGAGUUUGAGAAAAGUCUACACAAAAGAAAGAUUUACGAAUGCAAUACAUAUGGACACUGUCGAUUGGAAUGCUGUAAGGUUAUCUGAUCAACAAGUUCUUGCUGACACCAUCAUGAAACGAGGACAACAUAAUGGUCUUGCAAGAAAAAUCUUGAAAUUUCUCAACAGCGAAGCAAAACAAAAUGGAAGCGUGGAUCUUGAAUGGCUUCGAGAUGCUCCUUCUGACUUAGUAAAGAGAUAUCUAUUAGAGAUCGAAGGCAUAGGGCUAAAGAGUGCUGAAUGCGUACGACUUUUAGGACUUAAGCAUUCGGCUUUUCCGGUUGACACAAAUGUUGGACGUAUAGCAGUUCGACUUGGUUGGGUUCCUCUUGAACCUUUACCAGAUGGUGUUCAGUUGCAUCAUUUAUUUCAGUAUCCUUCAAUGGAUUCAAUUCAAAAAUAUCUUUGGCCACGAUUAUGUAAACUUCCGCAAGAAACAUUGUACGAGUUACAUUAUCAGAUGAUAACAUUUGGAAAGGUCUUCUGCACGAAGGUUAUUCCUAAUUGUAAUUCAUGUCCGAUGAAAUCAGAAUGCAAAUAUUUUGCAAGUGCAUAUGUCAGUUCCAAAGUUCUUCUCGAAGGUCCUGAAGAAAAGACACGAGAGUCAAACAUUGCUACACAGUCAUAUUUUCAUGAUGAUGAUGAUGCAAAGAUGACAUCAAAGAUCAAUUCGAUUGAAGAAUGUGUUUCUACCGAAUGCAGCAAUCAAACUGACUGUUGUGAACCAAUCGUUGAGUUUCCGUCUUCUCCGACUAGAGAAAUUCCAGAGUUACCAGACAUUGAGGACACUCCUUGCAGAAGUUAUUGUCGGUCUAAUUCUGCAAUUCCUGGAAUUCAUAUCGACAUGGAUGCAUUGAAGAAAAAUGUACUUGAUGCAUUCAUGAAAGGUGCAACGAUGCUCAACGGUUCUGGUGACGAGAUUUCAAAAGCAUUAGCAGUUAUGACUCCAGAGAAUGCUUGCAUUCCAAUGAAGUUGCCCCGCAAAACAAAGUAUUAUGACAGAUUAAGAACUGAACAUGUGGUAUAUGUGCUUCCUGAUAACCAUGAGCUUCUUGAUGAUUUUGAGAGAAGAGAAUGUGAUGAUCCUAGUCCAUAUCUUCUUGCCCUUUGGCAACCAGGUGAAACAUCAUACUCGUUCGUGCCACCAAAGAAGAAAUGUGACUCAGAUGGAACAAACCUUUGCAUGAUUAAGACUUGUUCUUAUUGUUGGAAUAUACGGGAAGAAAGUUCAAACACUUACCGUGGAACAAUUCUGAUCCCUUGUAGAACAGCGAUGCGAGGAGGUUUCCCACUUAAUGGCACAUACUUUCAAACCAAUGAGGUUUUUGCAGAUCAUGAGACGAGUUUGGAACCUAUUGUGUUUCCUAGAGAGUUUUGUAAUGGAUUGGAGAAGCGUGCGCUAUACUGUGGUUCGUCAGUGACAUCCAUUUUUCGGAUGUUAGACGAAACAAGAAUUCAACUAUGUUUUUGGACUGGAUUUGUAUGCAUGAGAGGAUUUAACAGAAAGCAACGAUAUCCAGAAGGACUCGUCCGCAGAUUACACACACCACCAGAUGAGAGAGGAGAAAAGCACAUGAGAGACUGAUCGAUUUGUUUCUUUAUUAUUAGUUUUUCUUUUAGUUAGCUAUAAACCCAUGCGUCCUCUUUUCUCUUCUCUCCGUCGUGUUUACUCAAGCUGAUCAGUUUUGGGCCUCAAUUACCGUGGUUUUUUAUUAUUA